GGGUAGUACUACUAUGAUAGAUGAUAGAUAUCGAACACUUCUAUUGGGGCUAUGUUGAAAGUAAACUGACACAAGAAGAUUUAUAUACAUGAUCAUUCUUAUAUAUUUCCGCACACGGCUCCUUCCUAAGCAACCCUACUCAACGCAGCCGCCCCGAUGGCAGCGUAAAUCUCCUCCUCAGCACCCGGCUCAAGGGGGAGCAAAGGCGAACGGACUGUGGCGUGUGACAGAAUGCCCCGAGCCACCAACGCGUGCUUCAGAGCGACCGUGCCUUCCAUUCCUUCGCUUUUCCUGCCUCGAUCAACUCAAUCAGAGGCUCUGGGGCGAUGUUUCCGUAUCCAACCAGGAAGCCGUCCACGUCGAAUGCUGUAUGCAGCAGAUACUCGUCGUGGCAGCUGAGGAUCUGGAGGUCUGGUCGUUCGCGACGGAUGACUGGAAUUUCCGUGUCCCAGCGUCGCAUGUUACGGACGCCAUUCUUCAUUGCAAAGACGCCAGGUUGUGCCGAGAUGUCGAGCAUCGUCUUCAGGCUCGGUCUUGAGGGGCCCCGUCCUGGUAUCCGAAACGCAGCCAGCCAUGCGAGGGGUAGAGAAGUCCAGCCUUUGCACCAGCCUCUUUGGCGCGCUUGGCUUCCAACGCAGCAACUUCGGUGCCCUCGCCCGUGAUGCCGGCAAUGAUGGGGAUUUUGUCGUCGACGGACUUGACGAAUGCCUUGAUGACGGAGACUUGUUCCUCAGCCGUCAAGAAAGUUCCUUCUCCUGCAUGACCGAGCACGACAAGCCCUUUGACGCCAUUGAUGCUGCCGAGCCAGCUGCCCAGGCGCUGGAUGGCGUCAUAGUCGACUUCGCCGGUAGUCGUGAACGGGGUAAUGGGAGCCGGUGUCAACCCGCGCAUGUCGAAGCCAACCAUUUUGAUGAGAGGAUGUGUAGUAUAAAACAGAAGAUAGAAAGCAAAGGUAGAAUAAUCCGGAAGGAGAAGAACCAGUUAUGUUUGGAGGUGUCAGUGGGAUAUCAAAGGUCAAUUUCCAAGGUAGCCUGCCCUUCAUAUAUACAGUCAGGAAGACCUCGCUUGGAACCGAUGGAUUAGCAUGACACUUUACUGGGCCCCGGAAAACACGGACUUGACUGGAACGGCCUCGUUUGCGAUAGGUCGGCUGUCUUGCUCGUCGACCGAUCGCUGUGCGUCCAAGCGGCCUCCAAUGUUCCCGUGGUCUUCCGGAAACCACGGACUUCCCGGAUCUUGCUCCACAAGAUGAUGGACCCAGGCAAGAGUCUGCUUGACAGCACCCCGGAUCAACUUCUCCUUUGCCCUUCACCCUCCAAAGACCCUUGUGGAAGCAAAUCCGGGGAUAAUCCGAUCUCUCCAUAUGCUAAUGCAUCGACAUGCCAGGUAUACUCCAGGUCUUGGCUGUAACAACCUCUCACUAUAACAACCCCUUCCCCAUGGGGUUUGACAAUCCUCCAAAGCCUGGUCUUCGUCAUAUCACCCAAGCUCGGUUCAAAAUGACGUCCCCUCAUGCCCAAGGUGAACGGAACGCCCUCCCCGAGAAAGAGAUAGCAAUGCAUGUGGAGCGCUCGGCGAACGGGCUAUCUCCGUCAGAUGAUGAGUUUCUCUCCAACUUUGCAGACGAGGACAAGAGAAAAGUGCUUCGAAAAGUCGAUUUGCGGUUGAUGCCGAUGCUGGUGCUCCUCUAUCUGUUUGCAUACAUCGAUAAGACAAAUAUUGGCAACGCCAAAAUCGAAGGACUCCUCCCCAGCCUGGGAAUGAGCGGAGAGCAGUACAACAUCGCCUUGGCAAUUUUCUUCAUCCCUUAUGUCCUCGCUGAGGUCCCGAGCAACAUGGUUCUGAACCGUUUCAAAAGGCCAUCGGUAUACCUGGGAUCGUUGAUAUUCAUCUGGGGCGUCAUUAUGGUGUGCACAGGGUUCAUCCAGAAUUUCGACGGGCUCCUUGCCAUUAGGUUUCUGUUGGGCCUGUUUGAGGCCGGAUUCCUGCCAGGGGCAGUCUUGAUCAUCUCGAAAUGGUAUCUCCCGGGCGAGACCCAGACUCGAAUUGCCCUUUUGUAUACCUCGGCCGCAUCUGGAGGAGCGGUCUCGGGUCUCCUUGCCUUUGGGAUUGCGAAGAUGGACGGACUGGCGGGCUACGAGGGGUGGAGAUGGAUCUUCAUCAUCGAAGGCCUCGCCACAGUUGUCCUUGGAAUCAUGUCCUUUUUCCUCCUCCUUGACGCCCCCUCGUUGUCGUCCGGCUGGCUUACUCCCUCCGAGAUUCGCUUCCUCGAUCUCCGCCAGAUAGCAAACAGCGUCCGCACGCCACAGAAAAAAGGGGUUGACUGGGCCGCUAUUCUCAGUGUCCUCACUGAUUGGAAAAUCUACCUGCUUAUCCUUGGCAGCUGGUCCAAUGCCGUUCCCAACUACGCUAUGAAAUUCACCAUGCCGCAGAUCAUUAAAGGAAUGGGCUUUACUUCAGCUCGGGCACAGCUGCUCACAAUCCCACCCUAUGCACUUGGUGCAUUGUCCGCCCUGGUCUUUUCCAUAUUUGCUGACCGGUAUAGCUGGAGGAUGCCAUUCAUUGUCGUUCCCCAGGUGACGCAGGUGGUUGCCUUUAGCAUACUCUUCACUCAUGCAGCAGAGAUAGAGGACAAUAUUCCGUUAUGCUACUUCGCUGUUUGUCUGGCUUGUGCUGGAAUGUACCCCAUCCUCCCUGGUGUCAACGCCUGGAACGUCGCCAACACGCCCAAUCCCAUCAAGCGUGCAAUCGGAAUUGGGUACUUGAUUUGUAUGGGCAACGUCGGAGGGCUCAUCGGAAGUUUCAUAUACAAGGAGAAAGAGGCCCCUCGAUAUGUCACUGGGUAUGGGAACUCCUUUGCCUUUGCAUCAGCCGGUAUCGUUGGGUGCCUUGUCCUCGAGUUUGCGCUCUUCAAGUUGAAUAAGAAGAAGGCGCUUCUCACCGAAGACGAAGUUAGGGGAAGGUAUACUGAUACCGAGCUGGAUGAGAUGGAGGAGAAGAGCCCUUUAUUUAAGUAUAAUCUCUAGUGAGGAUGGGGAAAGGUCCUUGUUCAGGGUUAAACACUCAGCGAUGACAAUUCCAAGAUCGAUUAUCCUAGAGUGGACGCUCAGGGCAGCCCUAGUGUGUGUCUUUGAAACAUCUCUCCUCGAUUAUACCCAGUGAUCCCAUCUCAAACCUCCUCUAUAUACUAGACCAUCCGUUUCCCACAUUGGCCCCUCUGCAUCAACCAGAUAACCAUUUGAGCAAAAGGUAUACUCCACUCGUCGUUGCACGACCU